GCGGGAGUUGGCUUUGGCUCUGCGCCAGGGAUUGAAUCAGCGGCAGCUCAGAGUGACGCUGGGGCCGCCCUGCUUCGUUCUUUUGGGUCCGAAUCGGGUCCUUCUCUGGACCGGCGCAGCCCGCUGGGUAGGGGGCGCACGCUGGUCCCUGUCCGGGCGCAGGGCUGGUCUUGGGGAGCGGUGUCUGCUCUGGAUGAUUUGCUUUCUGCCCUGCUGAGAGGAUGUAGUGUUAAUGAUAGCAGAAUCCGGUUUGUUUGCCAAUUUCUCUAACCACAAGUAUUUCUGUACUUUGCUAUUGUAAAGUUGUGUGAAUGCCAGCACUCACAAUUCCAUACCUUCAAAGACUGUUCUUCACAUACUUUGAGUGUGAAUGUCUCCAGGAGAAAGAUGUCAGUUCAAUGAUGUCAGAGAGGAUCGUGGAGAAAAUGGAAUCCAAGACGAGGCUGCCCCUGAAACCACUACACCAAAUGGAAAUUGCUUGAGAAAUAGCAAUACUGAAGUUUUUAAAGGGAAAAGAAAAGUCCGAGAACAAUGUGAAAACAGAAGAAGAAACUCUUCCAGUAGUAAACGAUCAAGCCAGCUGCAAAAUGGAGAAGUGGUUGAAGCCGUUACAUUGUUUGAGGUGGUCAGUAUGGGGAAAAGAGCUAUGCAGCCUGUGGUAGAUGACUGGAUUGAAGCCUACAAAAAAGAUAGAGAUGUGGCACUUCUGGAUCUCAUUAACUUCUUCAUUCAGUGUUCAGGCUGUCAAGGAAUGGUUACUGCAGAGAUGUUCCAAAGUUUACAGAACUGUGAAGUGAUGCAUAAAAUGACAGAGAAAUUCGAUGAAGAAACAGGAUUGCAAUAUAAAAGGUUUAUGGCUUAUCCCUGGAUUUUGACUGUUACUUGGCCAGUGGACAUGGGCAAUGAAGACUAUCCACUCAUCAAACCAGGGUCCUAUUGGAAGAAGUUCAGAACAAAUUUUUGUGAAUUCACUGCAGUACUAGUCCAACAAUGUCAGUACAGCAUUUUGUAUGACAGCUAUUUGAUGGACACAAUAAUCUCUCUCCUUACGGGUUUGGCAGAUUCCAUGGUCAGAGCGUUCAGGCAUACCAGUACAUUGGCAGCUAUGAAGCUUCUUACAGCACUUGUAAAUCUAAAUCUAAAUCUCGAAGUAAGUAAAGAUAACCUGGAAAGAUUAUAUGAGGUAGAAAAGAAGAGGAUCGUGGGAAAGAAAAUCAAUUCUAGACUGGACCAGCUUGAGAGAAAAAAGAGAGAGUAUGAACAGAAAUCUCUGGAAGUAGAAAAUAUGAUGAAUGCGAUUUUUAAGGGGACCUUUUUGCCACGUUAUCGUGAUAUUAUUCCAGAAAUCCGGGCUAUUUGCAUUGAAGAAAUGGGCAGCUGGAUGAAAAUUUAUCCUGAUACAUUCCUAAAUGAUAGUUACUUGAAAUAUCUUGGAUGGAUGCUGUAUGAUAAACAUCCUGAAGUACGGCUGAAGUGCCUUCAGGCACUACAAGGAAUAUAUAGUCAAAAAGAGGUUGUUUGUAAAAUGGAUCUAUUCACUAGCAGGUUCAAGGAUCGAAUUGUGUCCAUGGCUCUGGACAGGGACCAUGAAGUAACGGUUCAAGCUAUGAAACUCUUGAUGGUUAUGUCACAGAACUGUGAAGAUGCCUUAUCAUCUGAAGACUGUGAAAACCUGUACCAGUUUGUUUAUAGCACCCACCGACCAUUGGCUGUAGCAGCUGGGGAAUUACUUUACAAAAGAUUGAUUAUCCAGGAAAUUGAGACAGAAUCAUUCACCAAAACAAAUGGAAACCAGGAACUUAUUACUAGCCAGCUGAAAACACUAGUAGUUUUUUUCUUGGAAAGUGAGCUUCAUAACCACGUCACAUAUCUUAUAGACAGCCUGUGGGAUUGGGCUGUGAGUUUAUUGAAAAAUUGGGAAUGCAUGACAGCUCUCUUACUGGAGGAUGCCAGAGAAUAUGAAAGAGCACUGAGUGAUGUCCAGGAGACUGCCCUCAUUGAAAUAAUCUUAGCGACUGUUCGACAAGCUGUUGAAGGUCCUCCCACAGGCAGGGGAGGAAUCAGGAAAAUCUUGUCUACCAAAGAGAAGAAAAUACAAAUGGAAGAUUGUGCUAAAAUUACUGAACACUUUAUUGUGGUGCUUCCUCGACUCUUGGCAAAGUAUUCACUAGAUACAGAAAAAGUGACAAACCUUCUGCAGAUCUCACAGUAUUUUGAUUUAGAGCGGUACAGUAUUGGUCCAUUCAAUAAGAACCUCGAUGCUUUAUUGAGAGAGGUAAAAGCCAUUGUAAUGAUACACUCCAACACUAAUAUCUUAGAGACCUGCUCCAGGGUAUACAGUAUUCUUUCCAGAGAAGAACUUACCAUUCAUAACCAAGUGGCUUUUGCUAGAGCUGAACUGAUGAAUGAAUUGGUGGAGAAACUAGAUCAACUACUAGGCAUUUUUUGGCAUAAGGAAGAUGGUGUUUCUGCAGAAGAAGAAGGAAUUCAGCAUCUGACCUCCUCUUUGAGACAAAUAGCUGCUUUUCAUAAUGCCCAUGAUCUCACCAAAUGGAACCUGUAUGACAAGAUGUAUAAACUACUUGUUUCUGAGUUGGAACAGAGACCUUUACCUGUUCAGAUUCUUUUGCCUUCUUUACAGUGUGCUUAUUUUGCACUACUUUGGCAGCUCCCUUCAAUGGCAGAGUCUCCAUCUUCCAAGGAAAAUAUAUUUCUUUUGAGGACACAUUUGAGGCAAUACUGCAAUAUUUGCACAAGCUACCUCAGCCACUAUAACAGAGACUUACGUGAAAAGGCUUUUAUGAUACUGUGUGAUCUACUGUUAAUUCUAAGUCAUCAGGAUUCAAGCAAUAAUGAUGCUGCUGGGUUACUGGAAUACCUUCCCAGUACAUCUCUUCAGACAAAAAUGCUCUUAUUUAUUCGGGAUCAUGUUUUUGGAGAGGAAGAAGAAGAAACCAAAGAUAUGAGAGAAAGUGAUGUGAAGGUAAAGGAAAACCAGAAGCUAGAUGCUUUGCAUUUAAAGCGAUGCCUCCUUGCAGCUUACUGCAAAUUGAUCAUCUGUAAUGUUGUUGAGAUAACAGCUGCUGCUGAAAUCUAUAAGCAUUAUAUGAAGGCGUAUAAUGACUUUGGAGAUAUAAUUAAAGAGACUUUGAGCCGGACAAGGAACAACAACAAAAUUCAAAGUGCAAGAACAUUGAUCCUCUGCUUACAGCAGCUGUUUCAGAAGCAUGUUGAAAGCCAAGGUGAUGGCAGCAAUAGCAGCAAUAACUUGGAUUCCUCCACCACCUCCUUUAACAACAUUAAAGAGCUUGCCCGGCGCUUUUCUUUGACAUUUGGCUGGGACCAGGUGAAAAGUCGAGAAUUAGUAGCUAUGAUACACAAGGAAGGUAUUGAAUUUGCCUUCCAAGGGGCAGCUGGAAUGGACGGGAAGUGCCUACCUCCUAACUUAAAUUUUCUCAUCAUCCUCAGUGAAUUCUCCAAUAAGCUUCUAAAGCCUGAUAAAAGACUUGUAUAUAGUUAUUUGCUAAGAUAUGUACCCGAAACAGCACUUUGUAAAGAAGAUACUUGGUACUCAGUGGCUUGGUACAGAACUUCUUUGUUGGCUAAUGAUGAUGAUGAGAAUUCUGCUAUCAGCAGCUUACAAGAGUGGCCAUCUGUUAGCAUUACUAGGACAUCUUCUUUUAAAAGGAAAUUAUCUGAAGGAUCUUGGUCUAAAAUGAGUCACACAGACAGAACAAAUAGGACUUCUGAGACUCAUCAUCCAUCUUGCCUGUCUUCCUUGGGACUGAGAAACAGGAAGAGGCUAAAAUCUCAUGAUAGUUAUCACCAAGAAUAUUCUCUCCCAUUGGGUUCUGCAACCCCAAAGAGAAAACAUAGUACCCAAGCUCCAAUCAAGGAAGAGGAUUUGGGAGAGGCUCCCCUUGAAGAAGCCGAUAUUGAUGUUGUUGGCACUGAGCAGGAUACCUAAGAGGAAGAUUGCUGGAAAUGCCUCUACUUUUUAUGUAAAUAAAUAAAUAAAUAAAUAAAUAAAAAGCCAACCAGAAAGGCAGAAUGGGUUUUGAACUAUUUUUGCGAGAAUUAUUCGGAUGCCUGAUCGGUAGAACUCAACAUGGACUGAUAAAUUUAUAUAAAAUGGAAGCUUCUUCAGCCAGUAUUUUCUAUACUUUCUGAUGUUACCAGCUGACACACAAUUUUUGUAAGCACACUCGACUUUCUAUCCAAAAUGUAGUUCUAGAUGGUAGACUGUCAAGAAGCUGAAGCUCAGUAUUCUAUGGCAAAAUGGAAACGAAGAAACUUUAAAUAAGGCGGACAAUCUGUUUUCAAGAGAGAAAGCCAGAAGAUUGAAAGGAAGAGCAAAAUUAUAGAAAUUAAUGUAAAUCAGAAAAAAUACACAAACUUUGCUUCUUGUGUGCUGCCUUAGGUAUCACAACAAAAUGUUCACUCAUGUUUAUCACAUUUUUUUUUAAAGGCAUUUCAUUUCACAUUUUUAUAUUCAGCUGUUUGUAAAAUAAACUGAGUGAUCUGUUCUGUCUA